AUGUCUACAAAAAUUGUAUUUCUCUUGUGCAUUGCCCUUUGUUUAAGCCAAACUUUGGGGGCAAGAAGACGCUUCAACCUCAUCCUAAACAAUGCAACCUGCAACACUUUAAACUCAUUAAUGAAAAUCUUUCAGUGUGAGUUGGAGAAGUUUGGUACCAGCCGGUAUGGCAUGAACGCUCGUUUCAUGCUAGAAAGGCCAUUUGAGAGAAAUGCUGAGAGUCACAUCUUGGCAUAUUUUACCCCGACUUUAGCUAAGAAAGCAGUAAAAUUCUUGGAUCUUAGAAUAAAUAUAUGUGACAUGCUUUCCACGGUCACAUCAAUUCCAUUGAUGAAAGUUAUUUUAGAUGAAGUCAGAAGGACAGGCAAUUUGCCCUAUAGAUGUCCCGUAAAGGGGAAUUUCCUAUACACUUUAAAGAAUUAUAGCGUAUCCGCAGAAACGUUGCCUUCCUAUAUGCCAUCUAUGAAAUUUAAUUUUUCCUUUUACACCUACGAUAAUCAACAGUUAAUUUCCAAGUUUGUCAUGGAUGGCGCUACAGUGUCUAAAUAG